AUGGACUUUGAUUUCGCCGCGUACCUGCGACGUCUGGACCCAACGUACAUCUACCGAGUUGACCGGCUCAGCGGGGGCGUGGUGAAUGUGACUGUGCGCGCGAGCAAGGAUCGCCUACUUGCCGUCGAGGUUGCGGUUGCGGAUGCGGAUGCGGAUACUGCCACAGCAGCAAUAGCAGCAGCAUCAUCUGAGACGUCAUUGCGCAUGUUGGAUUCAACAAAUACUACUCAACGUGAUGAUAAUACCGAUAUCAGGACCGACUUGGACUACAGGCAAGGCCGGUUCCCGGAACACAGGUCGGUGAUCUUGAAAUAUGCGCCGCCGUAUAUCGCGGGAGUGGGCGAGAGUGCGCCCAUGUCUCAGGGCAGGCAGGAGGUCGAAGCCGCUUCGCUAGCCUUGUUCCUACCCGCCAGCAAUCCGGCCGGGUCGAGCGCGCUGUCACCAACCCCUUCAGGGGGUGUUCUUCGCCAUGUCGCCAAGAAGUCGGGAGUUAUGAUCCCUCAGCUGCUCCAUCACGAUCCAGCUGAGCAUAUCCUCAUCCUCUCCGACCUGGGAGCACUACCGGACCUCUCCAAAAUCUUCAUCGAGCUAGGUGGGUUCACGCCCGAGGCGGCCGGCGCGGCGGCGUGGCAACCGCCUCCAUAUGCUCCGCGCUUGGGCCAUGCGCUCGAGCCUCGCGAGAUCGUGACGUAUCGAAGGAUAGGCGAGAAGCUGGGUACGUUCUUUGCACGCUUGCACAGCCUUAGCAGUGUCCAGUCCGUCGUUGGGACACGCCGCGACCAAGCGUACCAUGGCGAGGGCGAAGCCGAGAAACCUCGAGCUGAAUUUCCCUCGCUGCCAGAAAUGAAAAGUGCCAUCCACGACCACGUCAUCAAGCCAAUUAGAUCCCAGCUCGACAAGUUUCUUUUCCUCCUCGACGCAGCAGAGGCUGAAACUCUCUUUGCGGCGGUCGAGGCAGACUUUCUGCGCCCGACUCCUCCGGAAGAACAGUGUCUCGUCCUAGGCGAUUGCUGGACCGGCGCAGUGUUGGUCGACAUGAGACACGGGACCGGUGAUGACGAGUCGAACGUGGGCGUGGGCGUCAUCGACUGGGAAUUUGCGAGCAUCAACGGACGAAGCGUCAACGGCGACGUGAGCCAGUUCCUCGCCCACCUGGAGUUGUUGCGGGUCGCCGCUCACAUUCACCCCCCGGGCCAAGCCAGCGGCCACUUGUCGGCCGUGAACGCCAUCAUCGAGGGCUUCAUAUCCCGAUACAAGCUCACCCAAAUCUCUGAGAGUUUCGUUGGUGGUGGUGAUGAUGAUGAUGAUGAUGAUGAUGAUGAUGAUGAUGAUGAUGAUGAUGAUGAAAACGACAUCGACAACCGCGUCAUGCGGUCCGCAUACCUCUCGCACGGCGCCGAGAUGAUCAACUGCGCCUUUUGGAAGACCUGGGUCUGCCGGGAUCCCGCGUGCCCAUCGUGUAUCAAGACUACCAACACCACACAGAACGCUUCGUCGCCGGAUCCCAGCGACAACCUAGAUCCACCGCCGCCUCCUCAAUGCACCGUCAUCACGAACCUGGUCGGCCGGGGCGUCUCGUUUCUGAGGUGCGCGAUGGCCCCAGACCCGAGGGGCUGGACGACCAUGUUGAGACAAACUGUGGCUGGUGGCGGUGGUGGUGGUGCCGGCGAUGAUGAUGAGUUACUCCUCCCAGGACCGGACGCGGAAAAAAGGCAGACGAUGGGGCUUUAUGACCUGUUUGACGAGACGUGA